AUGAAGCCGCUGGAAGGUGGAAAUUUGGAAAGAAUCGACAAUAAUUCGAACAGCUUGAAUUCGACGGCCAAUUCAACGGAUGUACUUAUCGAACUUUUCCAAACGUUCAACACCGACACCCAUGAUCUGGAGAAUAGCUUGCUCACCAUCAUCUACAGUUUAUUUGCGUUUUUCGGGUUGCUCGCCAACCUGCUGUUUUGCCUCGUGAUCUGGCGAAACGAGAAGCUGCACACUGUCACCCAUGUGCUGAUGACAAAUUUGGCGUUGUCAAAUCUGUUAUUCCUAAUUUUCCACCCGUCCUACAUCAUUACGACGUAUCUGUUGCAGCGCAGCUGGGUUUUUGGUACAUUCGUGUGUAAGACAUCAUUUUCCAUCGCCUAUGUGACCUCGACAGCCUCGUUCUACUUCAUGAGCCUGGUGGCGAUCGAUCGGUGGUUGGCGAUAUUUCGACGGAAGUAUCGCUUGACGCGCUCCAACAGUAUCUGUCUCGUCGGGAUGGCGUGGGCCGUAUCGUUCGUCGUCGCCGCACCGUAUAUGAUUAGUGCAAGGGUGAAAGACUUCUACACGUUUGACAACAUCGUCAAGGAGCACAGCCUCUCCCGAGCGCUUGGGCAACCAAUCGCCCCCGAAGUCAUCGCAAACGAAAUCACAGCAAAAGCCGUCGAUAUGAUGAAAAAUUAUGAAGAUCUUUUGGUCAACUUCCCCGAGAAUAUCACCUUCGACGUGGUCGGCAACUCUGAUGAUGGCCCGAGGGAUGAGGGCUUGGAUUUUAACGCCAACACGACCUGGUAUAGGUGUACGUCGAACACGGCGAGCAAUACUGUAUUGAUUAUCGUUUGCUGGUUACCCCUCUUCUUCGUCAACAUUUUGAUGAGCUGGAAGCUGAUCCGGGUGGAGAUCUACACGAGGGCGUAUAUCUACUGCUCUAUAGUGACGUUGGCUGGGGUGGUGAUCACGCCGAUUUUCUACUUGAUCAAUGAUGGGUGCAGGGAACAAGUAACACGGUUAUUCUGCUGCCGAACAGUGCCCGCAUCGGAACGAGAACGUCAAGCAUUGAUGACAACAAAUCCUUAUCCAGAACGGUCGUGCGAGGUUGCCGCGUGGUUUCGCGAGACUGGAACGACGAAUGUGCUCGUCUCCGUAUCCGCCUGCCAACUCCAUACCCCGCGAGAGUCUAUGAGUGUGGCGACCACAUUUGGAGUGUCGUUGAGCCAC